AUGCAGACCCUGGAGAUGAAGGCUCUGCUCCUGACCAUUAGCUUCUGUCUGGUUGCUGCCCUGCAGGCCCAGGACUCCUCAUCCCUUGCUUUCAAUAAUGAGAAUUUUUCCGGAAAGUGGUUCAUGAAGGCCUUGGUGUGGGAAGACGAUGUCCCAAUAGACAAGGUCUCACCCAUAUUUGUCUUGGUGCUGAACAACGGAGACAUGGAGUUUUCUAGCACACAUAUGAUCUAUGGCCAGUGUUUUGAAGUGACCACCAUCUUGGAGAAAACAGAUGUGCCUGGCCAGUACGUUGCCUUUGAGGGUAAGACCCACCUGCAGGUGCAGCUGUCUUCUGUGAAGGGCCACUACAUGCUCUACUGUGAUGGGGAGAUGGAGGGAAUGAGCUUCACGAUGACGCAGCUCAUAGGUAGGGACUCCCAGGAAAAUUUGGAGGCCUUGGAGGAAUUUAAGGAGUUUACACGGAUAAAAGGACUUGUACCAGAGAACCUGGUCAUACCCGAGCAGAUGGAAAAAUGUGAACCAGAGAGUAACUAGGAGCAUGGUGACUCAAGGUUCCAAAGCAGCCCAAGGGAGCGAGUGCCGCCAGAACCUGUCCUGUGGGAGGUGGAGAGAGUGCCCUGCUGGAUCCUCUGGCUCCCCUUCUCUCUUCCCUCAUCCUCCACCCCAGCUUCUCAAUAAAGAGCUUCAGCAGUCCCUGGUGA